GCGAAAAGUUUAGUGCUAAACGUGCGCGCUGAGAGAGCGCUCCUCGGACCACUUACCGAUCUGUCUUUGACUCCAGGACUUGUUGCUCCGCUCUCGGCGGACCCGGCAACGAUGUGGGACCCCGAGGAAUUCGCGAAGCACUGGCGGACGGAGUUUCCCGACGGGGAGAUUCCGACUAUGAAUCUCAAAUGCUUGGAGGAUAUAGAGAGCGAGUUGGAGAGGUGCAAAGGCAAUAUGAAGCGGCUGCAGCAGGCGCUAUCGGAGGAGAAGUUCAAAGUUAUCUACCUGCAGACCACCAUCGCCCGGCUUAAGAAGGGCUACGACCAACGUCGCUGGGAUAGCACUUGCUCGGAAGAGCAAGAUAGGAAGCAAGCGGAGGUGGGCAAUGACGGCCCUGUUUAUGCCAGCGUGCACAGCAAACAAUCCAAGGAGGGCUCGCCUCCGUGCAGCGCAGUCACCGAGUCAGGACCGGUGCCCGAAGCGAAGGCAUUGUACGCCAACGUACAGCCAAUUGAAAAAAACAGACCCGAGCCCGAACUGGAGCGCAAGAGUGACAGCGACCACGACUAUGAAGAGAUAGACCUCAACCUCCGCUGCGUCCGAAGCAACUUGAUUACACCGCGAGUCAGACUGAAAGACACCCGGGAGACCCACCCACACAAGUCAGCCAUGAAACUCUACCGGCGAAGUAAAGACUUUGAUUCAGGAGACGAGGGUCGUCAGUCUCCUGCCUUUUCUGCAGAGGACGUGCACCUCCGCAGGCUGCUGGCGGUGCCACCACGCUCGCCACGAGAUUCGCAGCACGGAUCAGGGUACAGCACCCCGGACAGAGGCAGUGACGGGUAUGCUAGCUCGGAGCAGGAUGACUUCUUAUCAGAUUACUACAACACUGAUGGCUAUGAUGGCGAUGCAACAGAUGACCAUAAAUGCCAGGAUGGGUCUGAGGCUAUGCCGUACAUUGAUGAAUCCCCAACAAUGUCUCCUCAGCUCAGUGCACGUAGCCAGGACAGCGGAGAUGCUAUAUCACCCUCACCACAUGACCUGCUUGGGACUGGGUUGGGUACAGAUGCAGAAAAGGGCCUGGAGAUGAGAAAAAUGGUCCUGUCUGGAGUUCUAGCAAGUGAAGAAAUUUACAUUAACCAACUAGAAGCCUUGCUGCUGCCAAUGAAGCCCUUGAAGGCUACUGCCACUACUUCUCAGCCUGUUCUAACAAAUCAACAGAUAGAGACUAUUUUUUACAAGAUCCAAGAUAUUUUUGAAAUACACAAGGAAUUCUAUGAUAGCCUACUUCCUAUCAUUCAGCAAUGGGAUAACAAAGCUACUGUAGGACACCUCUUCCAAAAACUGGCAAGUCAGCUUGGCAUCUACAAAGCAUUUGUUGAUAACUACAAGGUUGCUGUGGAGACUGCUGAGAAGUGCAGCCAGGCAAAUGCUCAGUUUCAUACAAUUUCUGAGAAUCUCAAAGUAAAAGGACCUAAAGACUCUAAGGAAUGUACAACAUCUGUGUCGAUGGAAGCUCUCUUAUACAAGCCUAUUGAUAGAGUCACCAGAAGUACCCUUGUCCUUCAUGACCUUCUUAAACACACUCCAACAGAUCAUCCUGAUUACCCCUUACUACAAGAUGCUUUUCGAAUAUCACAAAAUUUUCUUUCUAGUAUUAAUGAAGAAAUUGAUCCAAGAAGGACAGCUGUUACUACACCAAAGGGAGAGGCCCGACAACUGGUUAAAGAUGGCUUCCUGGUGGAACUGUCUGAGGGAUCAAGGAAACUAAGACAUGUCUUCCUUUUCACUGAUUUGCUCCUGUGUGCCAAAAUGAAAAAGACUGCAGUAGGAAAACAUCAGCAGUAUGACUGCAAGUGGUACAUUCCCUUGGCUGACUUAACUUUCCAGACCCUGGAUGAUUCUGACUCCUCUCCCCAUGUCCACACGCUACCUGAGCAUGAGAUUGAAGAAAUGAAGAAUAAGAUCUCAUGCAUUAAAAGUGAAAUUCAGAAGGAAAAGAAAGCAUGCAAAGGUCAGAGCAGGUUGGACAGACUAAAGAAAAAAAUGUUUGAACAAGAAUCUUGGUUGCUUCUGCACUCGCCAACAAUUCCCUUCAGAAUUCACAACAAACAUGGAAAGAGCUACUUGUUCUUAUUGUCGUCAGAUUAUGAGAGGUCAGAGUGGAGGGAAGCGAUUCAGAAACUACAAAAGAAAGAUCUCCAGGCCUGUGUCCUAACCUCUGUGGAACUUCAGGUGUUGACAGGCUCCUGCUUUAAACUUCGUACAGUCCACAACAUCCCUGUCACCAGCAACAAAGAUGAUGAUGAAUCACCAGGGUUGUAUGGAUUCCUCCAUGUCAUUGUACACUCUGCAAAAGGUUUUAAAGAAUCAGCUAAUCUUUACUGUACACUUGAAGUUGAUUCUUUUGGGUAUUUCGUUAGCAAAGCAAAGACAAGAGUCUUCAGGGACACAACUGAACCACAGUGGAAUGAGGAGUUUGAAAUUGAACUUGAAGGAUCCCAGUGUUUGCGGAUUCUGUGCUAUGAGAAAUGUUAUGACAAAUCCAAAUUGAACAAAGAUGACAAUGAGAUUGUAGACAAGAUCAUGGGAAAAGGACAAGUUCAGUUGGAUCCUCAGGUGGUGCAGUCCAAAAACUGGCACAUGGAUGUGAUAGAGAUGAAUGGGAUCAAGGUGGAGUUUUCAAUGAAGUUCACAAGCAGGGAUUUGAGUUUAAAAAGAACUCCUUCAAAAAAGCAGAGUGGGGUCUUUGGAGUCAAGAUCAGUGUGGUAACAAAGCGAGAACGCUCCAAAGUGCCUUAUAUUGUCCGCCAGUGUAUUGAGGAGGUGGAGAAGAGGGGGAUUGAAGAGGUGGGCAUAUACCGAAUCUCAGGAGUCGCGACUGACAUCCAGGCACUGAAAACCGCAUUUGACACAAAUACCAAGGACAUUCUGGUGAUGCUUAGUGACAUGGACAUUAAUGCCAUAGCUGGAACACUAAAGCUGUACUUCAGAGAACUUCCAGAACCCCUGCUCACAGACAGACUGUACCCAGCUUUCAUGGAAGGCAUUGCUCUAUCGGACCCUGCCGCCAAGGAGAACUGCAUGAUGCACUUGCUACGUUCACUACCUGAACCCAACAUCAUCACUUUCUUGUUUAUCCUUGAACACCUCAAAAGAGUUGCAGAAAAGGAGCCCAUUAAUAAAAUGUCCCUGCAUAACCUUGCUACUGUUUUUGGCCCAACGCUGCUGCGCCCUUCAGAGGUGGAGAGCAAAGCGCACGUCAGUCUGGCCUCAGACAUCUGGUCACAUGACGUUAUGGCACAAGUCCAGGUCUUGCUGUACUACCUUCAACACCCACCCAUCUCCAUCACAGAGCUCAAGCGCAACACCCUGUACUUCUCAACUGAUGUUUAGGCUGCCGUGACUUGCAGAGAAAGCAGUGUGCCAUGGUAGGGAAGGGAGAGCCAAUCCACUGCUCGCCCCAGUGAAUUCUUGUGCGUCCGCUAGACACAAAACAUUUCAUUGUUGUUAUGCGGAUUGCUUGGGGGAAAAAAAAAUCAGGGAAGAUAAAAGCAAAGAUGCACACCAAUAUGGAUGAUCACUCGUCCCUGUGCUCCAUUCUGACCUUUCUUUUCUGUGUGCAUGUGUGCUGAUGGCCCCGUUUCCACAUUUCCUUACUGACUGAUGUAGCAGAAUGAUCAGGAUGGUGGUCUGCACUGACCCAGCAGAUGUAAGAUACAAACCAUUCCUUGUGAGAAGCCAUUGUCCUGCUCUCAAAAAGCAGUACAACCAUAUUUCUUCUCUUUUUUGGUAAAUAACUUGAAGGAGAAAAAAAAUUGUCUUUGAGUCUGGUCCUUUUGAGUUGAUUUAUCAAUCAGUCCAUGGAGAUGAUUAAGGAUGGCGAAUAUUUAAAUAAAAAGACUUUUUUUGUGGUAAUGUCAUUUUUGAUAAUGUAGACUGGUGUUUAAAAGCAGGUACAGCAAUUCGCCAAAUGGUAAAAUCCAAGUAUGAUGUUAAAUAAAUGUCCGUAGCAUGUCUGUCUGACCAGUUGAGUGGGUACACAUUCUGUUUGGCUUUCUUUGUGUUUCUUUGACUUUUUUUACCCCUUGGAGUUUCCAGAUAGAGAAUUUCACGUUUCUAUAUAUGUUUAUUUUGAUGACCUCUGGAUGUUGUGUGUGCGUGAGAAUGAGAAAGAGAAACAAAUUGAAAAGUUAGACGUAUAUUUGUGUAAAUCAUGAAAGGUAAAUGGAGAAAAACAGAGGAGCAUGGCUGCCAGCUGCGCAUGCUAGGGCAAAAUGUGCAUUAUUUAUUGAGAAAUUCUUUGAGUGAUAAGUUCAUGUAUUGCCUGUACAUUACAGCAAGAGUUGGGUUAGCAGGCACAGCACAUGAAAUAUUUGGAAAUGCAUCCAGCCUCAAGCCCCUAAGGAAAUGGACGUGACGGUCUGGGCUCAGAAAAUCCUGCCUAGUUAAGUUGCUUUUUAUUUUUUAACCCAACUGUUAAUUUCAAAGCUUGAGAGGGUAAACAGGACUUUUGAAUGAACCCAGUGUGGUGCUAACGGCCUGUUUGUGUAAGACGAUGACCUCCUCCUCCUCUUCCUCCUGUACCCUUUCGCUUCACAUUGACUAUCGAGAUGUGAAGGCACCUUGAACCUUACGUCAGGCCUGUGAUUUCAAAUUGACUCUAAAGCCAGUCCAAGUCAUAUCCAGUAAUAUAAUGAUCAUUGUUGAUGUAAACAUUAUUUUAUUGUUAUAUAUUCUUUUUUUAGUGAAAUCAAUAAAUGUGUACAAAGCACACCAA